AUGCCCGCAUAUCAUUCCACAUUUCCAGUUGAUCCGCAAAAUGAUCGCAUGGUCGGCAAUAUUGCCCUUUUACCACUCAAUACCAAGUUCAGAGGUCCUGCAUACCCUGCCAAUUCAGAUUAUGACAUUAUAGACGAGUGUCUGGAUUUGUUUCGUGCCAAUUCUUUUUUCAAAAAUUUUGAAAUCAAAUCGCCAGCCGACAGAGUGCUCAUCUAUGGUAUCCUGUUUAUCAAUGACUGUCUAGCACAUUUGAAAAUUACCACCACCUAUAAUGAAGCUUUAAAAGCAUUGACAAAUGUCGCACUCGAUAAUUUUACUAUCCCAGGUACUCCUGGAUUUCCAAUGAAUACAGUUUACUCAGUCCCGGUCACAGAUCACAAUGCGAUGGAAUUGCUGAGAACUUACAUCCAACAGUUUCGUCAAGAGCUGGCUAUUAGACUCCUCGAAAGACUUUACAGGGACUCGAAAGAAAGUCCUUCCAAAUUUUGGCUAGCAUUCACCAGAAGAAGAUUCAUGAAUAAGUCCCUGUAA